AUGUCGGUUUCUUACGAUUUCACCGAUCGCCGUUAUUUAGUAACCGGAGCAAGUGCUGGAAUUGGUCGAGGAAUUUGUCUUGAUUUAGCUAAAGCUGGAGCACAAGUUUUUGCAUUGGCAAGACAUCAAGAAGCAUUAGAUCAACUUGUUCAGGAAUCAGCGCAAUACGUAAGCUUUUUAAAAAUAAACUUAUCAAACUUGAGAUUAUUGUUUUCAGAAAUAUAAAAUAAUUGCAAUAAUUGGUGAUGCUGGAUCAUCUCAAGAAGUUUUGGAAUCUUUAAUUUCUCCGAUUCUUCCACUUGAUGGACUUAUAAAUAAUGCUGGAAUUGCUAGAAAUGCACCAAUUGGUGAAAUAAAACAAUGGCAAAUUGAUGAGUUAGUCAAUUUUUUCAAGUUUCAACAAAAAUUUAUUAAAAAAUCUUGUAGUGUUUACGCAGUGAAUGUCCGUGCUCCAAUUAUUCUUUCUCAAUUGGUUGCAGUUGAUUGGAUUGCGAGAAAAUUCCCAGGAGUUAUUGUAAAUAUGUCUUCUCAAUCAGGAAUGCGGCCACAUGAGGAUCAUAUCGUGUAUUGUAAGUUAAAAAUUGGGUUCAAAGCGAAAUUAUUUUUAAAGGUUCAUCCAAAGCGGCUCUAGAAAUGGUCACCCGAACUAUGGCUCUUGAUUUAGGAAUUCACAAUAUUCGUGUAAACAGUGUUAAUCCUACAGUAGUCUGGACUGAUAUGGCUAAAGCGGUAACCAAAUUUUGUUUGAAGAAAAACAAUUUAAUUGUUGAAUGAAACAAUUUCAGAGUUGGACAGAUCAAAAUAAAAUUGAUCAAAUGCUUGGCAGAAUGGCAAUCAAAAGAUUUGCUGAAAUUCAAGAAGUUGCCAAUGCAACUUUGUAUUUAUUGUCAGAUGCUUCAUCUUUGACAACUGGAAUGCCAUUGACUGUUGAUGGUGGAUUCACUAAAGUUUAG